AUGUUUGACGCCUCUCAACCACCAACACCGAAACCACAAUCAAAAGGUUUCUUUCUCUCAGAUGCAGAAAGUAGUAUUGAAGAAGAAGCUCCCAACGACUAUUCAUCAACCUACUACAACAAGGAAAGAAAAGAUUUAAUUGGAGAUGAGCUCAUUCUCAAGGUUACUAUCAAAUCGUGUGAUCAUCUCAUUUCUGCUGAUUGGAAUGGUUUUUCAGACCCAUAUAUUGAAUGUAGAUUGUUUGCAUCAGUACCGAUUGCCAUUGACAAAGUAACAAAAUCAUCAACGCAAUUGUUACCCGAAGAGUCGAGUGCCAUUCCAUCAAAUUUAUCAAUUAUCCAAAAUGCCAAUGCAUCAAAUGUCAACACUGAAAAACCAUCUCCAUCCAACAGCCAACAAAAUAGAUCAGUUUCCUUCUUUCACAGCUCUAAAAACAAGACAAAAUCCACAUCAAACAUAAACAACAUCUCACACAGCAAUAUCAAAGCUAAAACUCCUGACACUGAUAAACCUCUGCACUCAGCUGAAUCAUCGCUUUCAAUCAAUCACAAAGAUGAGGACGUUAUUGAUGAACAAAUCAAAUCAGAAAUGCAAGAAGGUGAAGCAACUUUACCUGUCAAGUGGAAUCAAUUAGGAAAGUUUACAAAAACUUCAAUCAUUUUCAAGAAUUUGAAUCCAAAAUGGGGAGAAGCAGGAGAGGAUUUAAUCAUGUUCAUUGAGAAGGAUAUCUUUGAACAGGUGCUUUCUCAAAGACACAAUGUGAAUAGAACUAAACUAUUCCUCCGAUUGGAUGCAUUCGAUUAUGAUAAGUAUACUAGGGAUGAUGUUCUAGGUCAUUGUAUUAUAGAUUUGGAAGCUGAGGAUAUUUACUCACUCCUGAAUACUCCAUCUCCGAAAUCAAUUACAAAACCAUUGAUUGGAGUCAAGCAUGGUUCGAUAAAUUUCGACAUUUCACUCAUGGAAGAUCCAGCAAUAUUCAAUGCUGAACUAGCUCACAUUUUACAAAGAAGAAGAGAAAAAGGAAAUCUCCUACCGAAAUCAAUUGACAUUCUCUUUGAUUACGUUCUGGAAAAUUGUUGUGAAAUUGAAGGAGUGUUGAGAAUUCCUGGAAAUAGAGCUCAUAUUUUGAGAUUAAAGAAAAAGAUGGACGAAAUGAUUAUUCUCCCAGUUGGAACAUUUAUUGAGGAAUUUGUUCCUGAAGAGACGACUGUAGAGUUUCUACACACUGCAGUUGGUGUUCUGAAAGAAUAUUUGAGAGUCAUGCCAACUCCAAUCAUUCAAUAUGAGUUGUAUGAUGAUUGUAUUUCACUAAUUGAAACCAAAUCAUUGAAUUUGGAAAAAUUGGAAAGUGUAUUGAGGAGAGUUGAACGAGCUCACAUUCCACUCUUUCACAAAACGAUGCAAUUCAUGAAAAAGAUUGCUGACAAGUCGUCAAUCAAUAGAAUGACACCAAAGAAUAUUGGUAUUGUAAUGGGUCCUAACAUUCUCAGAAGAAGAAAUCAAACAGCAGAUUCUGCCCUUAGACACGUCAACCACAUUACUGGAUUUGUUGAAUUUCUCAUCAAUUCACACGAUCACAUUAUGAAAGUUUUGGAUCAAAUCAUGUUUGAAGGAAUGGAUCAAGCAGGAAAAUUCGAAACACUCAUGAACGCUCUAGAAAUUGUAACAGUCGAAGAGGAGGAGGAUGUUCAUUCGGAAAAUACUGAUCAAGAUCAAUCGACUAUUCUUGCCGAAUUGACUAUCAAUGAAAGUAGUAGUAGUAAUUCAAAUCUCAAUCAAGAAGAUACCAUUUCAAUUCUCUCAGAAAAACAGCUCACAUCACCACCUACCCCAAUUGACCAUGCAGUAAUUCCUUCAACUUCCAACACUUCCCUAACCAAUUCUUCACAACAAGAUAAUCAACAAGAACAGCCAACCAUUAUGAAUACUCGUUCUACUUCAAACAAGAUUGUUUUCAAUGGACAUUGUGAGUAUGAAGCAAUUCCCUUCGAAACAGAAUGUGACUUGUAUUGUAUGGCAACACUGCAAGGUCCAUGUUUUGAACAACAAGCUCAGAAGGAGAGAAAGGGUGUUGAUUUGGUUCUGGUGGUUGAUAAGAGUGGCUCCAUGGCUGGACAAAAGCUGGACAUGGUCAAGUCAACACUCUCUUUCAUGGUUGAUCAGUUGAAAGAGAAGGAUCGUGUGGCCAUCGUUGAAUUUGACACUCAAGUCAAAACCAAUCUUGAUCUGACCAAGAUGGACAUUGAAGGAAAGAAGAAAGCCAAGCAAGUUUCCUCAGCCAUUUCUCCUGGUAGUUGUACCAAUCUUUCAGGUGCCCUCUUUACUAGUUUGAAACUAUUGGCUUCCAGACAACAGGAAAAGAAUGAAGUUACCUCUGUAAUCUUAUUCACUGAUGGUUUGGCCAACAGAGGUUUGAUCUCCACAAACGAAAUCCUUCAAAAUAUGCAAGAUUUAAUGGAUGAAUUGUUGUCCACAUCUAACGUGACCAUUCAUACCUUUGGUUUUGGCCAAGACACAGAUGCUAACAUGCUCACAAGCAUUGCUCAAAAAGGAAAUGGCUUGUAUGAUUACUUGGAAACCGCAGAUGAUAUUCCAAAAGCUUUUGGUAAUGUGAUUGGAAAUUUGGUGUCAGUUGUUGGACAAAAUAUCAAGAUUCGAAUUCAACCAAAGGCAAACAUUAGUUUGAAGAAAGUUUUGACUGUGAAAAUUAGAUCAAAAGAAAAUUAUAUGAUGGAGAGAAUACCUUUAGAUACCACUUGUGACUUUUACUAG